CUCAGGUGAGACGGACACGCCCACUGUCAUGGCGGACAAUAAACAGGUGUGAACAGAGGAGGGUCCUUCAUGAACACACACACACAGGAGGAGGAGGAUCUCUAACUCUUCAUCCCAGAGUCUGGCGGCGAGUCUCGGUGUCGACUCCGGAACAAUGUGGAGGAAAUAAGACUCGUUCGUCCUCUGACGUCGCUUCACCGGGUUUUAAACAAAGAGAGAAGAAGAAGAAGAAGAAGAGAAAACUAUGGAUCGAUACGAUGAUCUGGAUCUGGAGUGUGAUGGAGGAGGUGUUGCUGAAAAAGCAGCGUUAUUUGGUGGGAUGUUCAAGAGAUCCUCCAGAUCUGCAGCUCCAGUUGUCCAGGAGCAGGACAAUUUAUCAGCCAGCAGUGAACUUUCAAACAGCAGCGACAGCCUGACUGACAACCACAAGGAGAAAGGAGGCGGGUUGAAAGGAAUGUUUAAGAAGACGAGCAAAUCUGCCAAAGAGGCUCAACCACAGGUCACCCUCUCGUUACAAAACCCUGAACUCUCCGGCAGUAAUGACAAUUUAAUGGAAAACAAGUCAUCGAAGGACAAACCAGGUGUCCUGGGUGGGAUCCUGAAACUACCGAACAGACCGGGACACGUCCGGAGGCCGUCACAGGAUCUUUUGGAGAGUGAACUCUCAGUCAGCGAGGGCAGUCAGUCUGAAAACACCAAGACUAAGGAGUCGGGUGGGAUGUUGAGUGGGAUGUUUAAGAAAAAGAAGACGCAGUCUCAGGAGGAUUUGACGGCACCAAACGAAAACGACAAUCUCUCUGAAACGGGAAACACUAAGGAUUUCAGUGGAGUGUUCAGUGGAAUAUUUAAAAAACCCCCAAAGGCAAAGACACGGUCUCAGGAGGAUUUGACGGCUCCCGGCGAGCUCUCGGGCAGCAGCGACAAUCUGUCUACAACUAAGGAGUCAGGAGGGAUGUUCAGUGGAAUAUUUAAAAAAUCUCCAAAGCCGUUCGGAUCGAGGACUCAGUCUCAGGAGGAUUUGACGGCUCCCGGCGAGCUCUCGGGCAGCAGCGACAAUCUGUCUGCAACUGGAAACACUAAGGAGUCAGGAGGGAUGUUCAGUGGAAUAUUUAAAAAAUCUCCAAAGCCUUUCGGAGCGAGGACUCAGUCUCAGGACGACUUGUCAGAACCCGGCGAGCUCUCAGGCAGCAACGACAAUCUCUCUGAGAACAGCACGAAGGAGAAAGGAGGAAUUCUGAAUAGCAUGUUCAAAAAGAAAGGUGCCAAGUCUCAGGAUAAUUUGUCUCUGGAGGUGGAACUCUUUGCCAGCAGUGACAGUCUGUCAGAGAAGUCUUCGAAGAGUGGAGCCAAGAACCUGAAGAAUCCUUUCACCUCCUCGUCUCAGGACAAAGAAAAAACUGAACGCUCAGGAGAAUCGAAUGAGAGUAGCUCCUCCACAGAGAAACCCAAAGUGAAACAGAGCGGUUUGACUGCGAUGAUGAAGAACACGUUCAACGCCGACAAACGGGAGAAGAACUCUGACACUGAUGAUGAGGAGACCUCAGAGAAUGACGAGAACCAGCCCGGCCACAAACAGAAUAAAUUUGCUGAGGCGAUGACAAAGCUGAAUCCAUUUCGAUCUGCAGCCAAAAAAGACACUGAAGACACAGAGACGCUCAAAGAGAACGAGAAACCAGUGGAAGAGAAGUCGAAACCGGAAAUGAAAAGGAUAUCCACACACGAUAAAGUGAAUCCACGAGGGACCGAGGAUAAUCAGGAUAAAAUGGAAAUGAUCUCCCGACAGAAAAAAGACCCGGCUGCGGAGACUCCUGUCGUUCCUGUCAGACCAUCAGAAGAGGAGAUGAAAAGAAGAGUGAGACUAAAGCCCAGGAGCAACCAUCAGAGCCACUCCGAUGAUGAAGGUCUCAAACCAGACGAGUCUGCUGAGUCCAAAGACGGCGACGAGGUGAAUCCUCCGGAGAGUAAAACAACCAAGGUGAAAAAGCACAAGCACCACAACCCGUUUAUGUCUCGUGCUGCAUCAAAGGCUGCGUCUGAUGACGAAGGACUGAAAGAAGAAGAUGAAUCUUCAUCCAAAGAGGAAAAGAACGACGAGGAGGUCAAGGAGAAAAAAGAGGAGACCAAAGUCAAGAAACCUAAGCGUCACAAUCCCUUCAUGCCACGGGUCAAGGCCAAAGUUAUUCAGAGGCCUGGGCAAGACGCUGAAGAGAAUGAAGGUGGAAACAGGUCCUUGUUCGACCAGCUGGAGGAUUUACGUGUUGACCCGUCAGAGCCUGAAACCAAUCAGGAUGUGGAGGAUCUCAUGGAGUGGUGGAACACGGUGGAGCAAUGGGAGGACACGCCUGAAGUUGAAGACAUGACAGAAAAAGAAGAGGCCAAGGCGUUUGCUUUAACGGCUGAAAAGGUACAGAAAGGAAUCCGUGUGUUCAACAAACUGUUCUCCGAGCGAGCUGAGAGUCUCUGGGAGCACGUCAUCGUCCUCAACGGCAUCGCCGACAGCUUGGACAAAUUCAACAAGAAAACAAAGAUCGCCCAAAUCACCGGCGGCUCCACCAGCGCCAUCGGGGGCGUCGCCACCAUCGCUGGCCUCGCUCUGGCCCCGAUCACCAUGGGAACCUCUCUGAUUGUGACGGCAGUGGGGUUGGGCGUGGCCACGGCGGGCGGUCUGACGUCAGCGGGCGCCGGCAUCUCCAACCAGGUCAACAACUCGAUGGACCGCAAGAAGGUGGAGAAGAUCGUGGAGGACUACCAGGAGAAGAUGCUGGACUUGAACAAGUGCCUGAAAUUCAUCAAGCAGGGAAUCGAAAACCUGCGCAAGUUCGACCUGAUCAAGAUGAAGAAACACGCGUACAACCGCGACUUCCCUGUGCUCAGCAGUAGUUUCUACGAGGACGGCGCCAUGGCAGGAAAAGCUAUCCUGAUCAACGCCAAUGAGAUCAUGCGUGUGGUUCAGAUCGCCAACGUGGCCGGCAGCACGGCGGCCAGAGCGGUGCAGAUCGCCAGCAUGGCCACUGGCGUUCUCACUGGACUGUUCGUAGGUAUGGACAUCUACUUCGUGGCCAAAGACUCCAAAGAACUCAAGAAAGGGGCCAAGUCAGAGUUCGCUGCCAAAAUCAGGGAUGUGGCCACGCAACUGCACGACGGUCUGGUGGAGCUCAACUCGAUACGAGAGGAGCUGCAGUCCACGACGCCAGAGGCCAACGAAGAGGACGAAAAAGCUGCUCUGGAAAAUGACGAGAAGGCGAAAGAGUAUAAAUAUGACAGUUCAGAUGAAGAUGAAAUCGACCGCAUUAAGAAAGCCAUCAAAAAGGACCUCGAAAACCGAGAGUAUGUUUGAACGAGCUCUAUCUCGUAUUUUGAUAAAACAGGUUUAGAUUUAUCAAAGAGAAAAGUGCAGAAUCUUUUCUAGACUUUAUAUUUUUGACCUUUUUGAGUCUCAGCCAAGUUCGUCGGUUCAUAUCGAGGCACUGGAGCUUUUACCGACCAGUGGCAGAGGUCGCGUGUUGUUAAUGAUUAGAAAUACGGUGUGAUGCAGUUUCAUUAAGUUGUGUAGUUGAGGUGAAAGAAACCACUUUGGAUCUGAUGUGGGAUGUUCAUGGUUCGUUUGGCUCAAUGAUGAUAACUCAUUUUAAAUAUUGAUCGAAUAUAAUAAUAUAAUAAUACUAAGCUUUGUUUAUAUCUGCUGGGCAAAAUGGAUUUAUUUAUACAAAAGAAAUAGUGCCAGUCCUUUGUAAAUGUAGCUGUUACUUCAUUUAUACGCACAGGGAGAAAGUAUUUCAUCUCAUCGGGUUUAGAGGGAUGUUAGGGGAAUAAACUAAUGUUGUGUCUAAUGUUAUUAAUGUCAUUUUUUAAAAUUGUGUUAUAUUGUGUCUUCCAACUUUACAUCAUUAUUAAACUGCAUUUUGAACAAGUGUCAAAUAAAACAUGCCAGCGAUGUUCUACUUUACGUUUUCACUCUAAAUUUAUUGUCAUAGUUUAAAUGACGAUUUAUAAAAUGUACCAAACAGUGGAUGCGACCGGCUCCAGGCCUCCAGCCACUUACUGAUCUCAUUUUCUGAUGUAUUAGAUGAUUGAAUGGUUUCCAGGUGUAACAUACAUCCUCGUUAGAAAACUGGAAUGACACUGGACUGUUAGAACCAGCGACCUGCCCUGAAAACACCCAGGUCCUUUUGUUUUUUUUUAAAGAGAUUUAUUUCAUAUUGAAGGUUCGAUGUGUCGUCUUGUACUGUUUUAUAUUUAUUGAUCUUCGGUCUUACUCUGGGUUGAUCUGGUUAUUUGGUGACACCUUUUAUGUGCAAUAUACUGUAGAGCUUCAUGUGCAAUAAAUUUAAAUUGUUAAUAAAAAGUCAGAAACA